AUGGCUAAAUCACGAUACGAGUACGUUAAGAACUUCGAAAGGGAAUCCAUACUCCUCCCCGAAACCUACAUAGUGAUCCGUGUAGAUGGAAGAGGGUUUCAUAAGUUUUCAUCCAAAUAUGAUUUCGAGAAACCAAAUGAUCUAUGCGCUCUCGAGGUAAUGAAUUCAGCAGCGCUGAAACUAAUGGAAACCAUCCCUAAUAUUAUCAUGGCUUAUGGGGACUCCGACGAGUACUCAUUUUUGUUACAAAAACGAUGCGACUUGUUUGAAAGAAGAGAAUUCAAGCUUAUCUCGACGUUUGCAUCUACGAUUACUGCAUAUUACCAAUACUACUGGAACCAGUCAUUUCCUGCGAAACCACUUCAGCCUGACCGGCUUCCGACUUUUGACGCACGAACAGUUUGCUACCCAACCAAAGAGUUGGUGAAAGAUUACUUCAGAUGGAGACAAGUUGAUUGUCAUAUUAAUAAUUUGUACAAUACUACAUUCUGGUCUCUCGUCAAAAGCGGUUUAACGACUCAAGAAGCAGAAAAUAGGCUUAUUGGAACAUUGAGUUCAGACAAGCAUGAGAUCUUGUUCAAAGAAUUUGGCAUUAAUUACAACAAUGAGCCAGAAAUUUACAAAAAAGGCACCAUCCUUGUAAGGGAGCUGGACUUCGAAAGCGAUGUAAACACAGACCUGUCCAAAAGACAAGCACAAAGAUUAGAAAAGAAACUCAAAAAAUCAGAAAUCAAGAAACUUCAUUGCGACAUAAUCAAAGACGAAUUCUGGGAUUGCAGGCCUUGGCUUUUCAGUUGAACUUUUCCGUCAAACUUUUGCUUCUAGGCCGAAGAUCUGGCUCAUUAGCCUCCUGUUAAUUUUACCCGUUGGAGAUUUGGGCAAUUCCUGAACAAUAUAGAUUUUUUGUGGCAGCUUGAAGCUUGCCAAUCUAUCUUGGAGCCAGGAUGUCAGUUCGGACUCUGUCAAAGAGGCCCCGUUCUUGCAAACUAUGCCGCAUCCUAUAUUUUCUCCAUACUUCUUGUCGGGAUAUCCAAAGGAGACACACUCCUUCACCUUCUCAUGCGAGCUCACCACUGAAUCGAUUUCAACAGGUGAGAUUUUUUCUCCACCCUUAUUGAUAAUCUCUUUUAUUCUACCCUUGAGGACUAAUCGUCCUUCAUUAUCAAACAUUCCCAGAUCACCCGUCUUGAAAAAACGCUUUCCCUGGAAAUUGAAAAACGACUCUUUGUUUGCAGUCUCAUUUUGCAAAUACCCUAAUGUAACAUUGGGUCCGGAUAUUGCUAUUUGCCCAACUUGACACUUGUUCAGAGUUGCCUGAUUCUCGUCAAUGAUGAUGACUUCCACAGAUCCCUGAGGAAUGCCAACCGUACCAGCUUUCCUGGAUAUCUUACCGUGAAAGGGUAUGUUAUUUGAGGUGACUUGGUGUGAUGCUUCGGUCAUGCCGUAGGCUUCCACCACCGGGCAUCCAAAAUUUGACUCAAGCUUAGUGAAGACGGUUGGUGGUAACGAGGACGAACAAGACCUAAUGAACCGCAGCUUUCCUUUGAGUUCCUUGGGGAGACGGCGGUUCAAGAGGAUAAUAUGGAUAGUUGGGACGGCCGAGUACCAACUGAAAUUCCAUUCUCUGAGAUGCGGGUAAAACAUAGACGCUGAAAACCUGUUCGGGACGACAACUGAGCCUUGUGAUGCGAGGGAUGCCAACAGAACCUGGAGUCCGUGGAUGUGGAAUAAAGGCAUAAUAACAUAAUUCCUGUCACGGCUUCUUAGUUUGUAUGAUUUAAUGAUAUUUAUCAUCGAACUAGUGAGAUUGGAAUUAGUCAAGGGAACCUUUUUUGCUUUCCCUGUAGUUCCACUGGUGAACAGUAUCAAUGCAAUGUCCGAGUUUUUGGCAAGGCCCGGCAUGUGGUUUCCUGGUUGCUCAGGAGGUAGGCCCGAUUUGUCUAUAACUGAAUUGUACAUAGAUGCCAAUGUUUGUGCAUGGAAUAUCUCGUACUGAAGCAAAGAUCGUGCUGCAUCAUACCAAAUUUCAAUAAUGAAGGGAUUUGUAGGGCUUGCGCGGGCAGCAGAGACAAUUUCUGAGUCUGGUUUCAAGUGACCGUAGCGAGGAACAAUGACAGCAUCCGUUUCCAGAUCAGAAAGAUAGCUGAGAAAUUCCGAUCUGGUGUACUUUGGGUUAAGCGGUGUGAUGACGUUUCCUGCUGUGGUAAUAGCAAGAAAUGAAACAAUAAGCUCAAGCCCGUUUGGCAGGCAGGUUGCGAUCCUUAAUUGCUUCUGUGACCCCUUAUCGGUAAGGGGACUAACAGAGUUUGUAAAUAUCGAUUGGAGAUGGUAGACAAUGAUGUUCAGCUGAGAGUAGCUAAGCUCAAGCUUAGACUCAGGAACAAUGACUGCGGUUUUAUUUGAAACUUGGAUCAGACUUUGUAAAGACA